AUGUGUUUCUACCGCGCCACCGUAUACGAGUGCAAGCACAGCAAACUCGGCAAGAAGGUUACAAUCUGCAAGUUGCAGCGGGACCUCCUCAAGUACACGGAAGAUAACGCCAAAACCACAUGCAUCGAGCGCCGUGUGCACUCCAUGAACUGCGUCCGGAAGGCUAGAGUUUGUGACAAGUGCCAGCGUCUCGACACCCUCAAAGGCCGCACGCAGGAAGCCUUGGACAGCUUGAAGGAAACCCUGAUAAAGGGCAAG